AUGGGAGUGAAGGAUUUCAUCACUUGGCAUCUGCUGGCUUUGUUUUUAAUUCCAUUUUGCCUGUGUCAAGAUGAAUACAUGGAGGUGAGCAGAAGAUCUAAUAAAGCGGUGGCCAAAGUAUUGCAAAGUCACCACCAGACUGGCCAUAAAGGUUCCAGCAGCAGGGAAAUUUUGAGACAGCGGAGUCAACUUAUAGAGUCGACUAUUGAUGAUGAUAAUAGCACUUCUACAGACCAAAAAGCCCAGAGACCAGAGGUAGAUGAUGUAGCACAGACUACCUCAGACAGAGUCCAGCCCCCUCCAAGUGGACCUCAACAUCCAGACUGCAGUAGCUGCUGCCGUGGAGAGUUUGGAUUUCGAGGCUAUCAAGGGCCACCGGGACCUCCAGGGCCUGCUGGGAUGCCAGGAAAUCAUGGGAACAAUGGAAAUAAUGGAGCACCUGGCAAUGAAGGAGCCAAAGGUGACAAAGGAGACAAGGGGGACCUGGGACCAAGGGGAGACCGUGGCCAUCACGGACCAAAAGGAGAGAAGGGUUACCCUGGGAUUCCACCGGAGCUUCAGAUUGCAUUCAUGGCUUCUAUGGCAACCCAUUUCAGCAAUCAGAACAGUGGGAUAAUCUUCAGUAGUGUUGAAACCAAUAUUGGAAACUUCUUUGAUGUUAUGACUGGUAGAUUUGGUGCCCCAGUGAAUGGGGUGUAUUUCUUCACCUUCAGCAUGAUGAAACAUGAGGAUGUGGAGGAAGUGUACGUGUACCUCAUGCACAAUGGAAAUACAGUUUUCAGUUUAUAUAGCUAUGAAUCAAAAGGAAAAGCUGACACAUCAGGAAACAGUGCAGUGCUAAAACUUGCCAAGGGAGAUGAAGUUUGGCUGCGAAUGGGGAACGGAGCACUCCAUGGAGAUCAUCAGCGUUUCUCCACCUUUGCUGGGUUUCUUCUUUUUGAAACAAAGUAA